AACGCGCUCGACACACAGUUCUUAAUCACCUUCCGGCGAGGUCACUCGUUUGUGUAGAAAACACACUUGAUGGUUUGUGAAAAAAAAACAUUAACAAAGUUUUCAAAGAAUGGGAUGCUUUAAAAUAGGGGCUUUCUGGCUUAUGGUCAACCUAAUAAGCAUUGAUGCAGAUACAUCUGCAGGUGGAAUACAAGCGGAGUGUCUUGGAAAUAGGGUGCAGUUUACUGUCCCAAGCUCUCUGAGUAAAGGGAGCCCUUUAGAGGUUUAUGCAGUCAAUAACGCACAGACCGUCUUUCUCACACCUCACCUGGCGGCUCAGUGUGGCUACACACAGAAACUGGAUCCUUGGGGGAAUACGAUAGUGUCGGCUUCCCUAAAGAGUUGUUUUGCAGAGAAACAGGGAGACAAGGAAUAUAAAGUAGCCAUACAGGUUAAAUUCUAUGAAUUCCCCAUGCUAUCUGCGAAAGUCCUUGAAGCGUCCAAGUCCUGCAGUCACACUGUGGUUUCACGUGAGAUUAUGUGUGAGACAAACUUCAUGGAGGUGUCUGUAAGGAUUGCUAUACCAGAAUUCAAGGAAGCACCAGCGAAAGGAGCGCCCACAGUUCUACCUAACUUGCAACUCUGGAAAAUCUUACUCUACACCCCUGGAGAGAAGGCUUUUGAUCGAGAGACCCUCCAAGGGAUGGGCUACAACGUUUACAUUUCUCCAACACGGCUGGUCAUGCGAAGCCCAUACAACAUGGCCGAAAACUUUUUCCUAAACGUUGACGAUGUUGAUAUGAUUGUGUUCAAAUCAGUGGUUCUGUUCAGAGAUCGCUGGAUGAUGGCUAUAGUGGAGUCGACAGCUGCCUGUCCAACUAAUGGAGCUUCUGUUGUGGGUCAGAUGAUUUCUUGGCGGUUUCCUCUGCACUUAACUCCUCUAAUGUCCUCAGAAGUUGAAAUCCUGGAGGUGCACAUGGGCAUUGAUGGUAGAAGGCUCACAUCUGAAGAGAUGAGUACCCGUAACUACAGCAUGGCCUUCACAGAGUCCCAUAUAGUUGUUGAGAUUCCUAUUGGGGCUCCUGGUGGAUACUACAAGAGCCAUGCUGUUGAGAACCAGUACCAUAUAAGUUACACCAUUGAACCCAUGGUUGAGCUUAUGUGGAUGGAGGGUCAGGAUAAGACCACGUAUAAGGUCUUAUUCCCCAUCACCACCCCUUUGACACCAUGGCCCCCCCAAAUCACAGACAACACUAAACCCAAGCAGAAGGUGUUUGAAGCAUUGCUGGGUUACUUUCUACCUGAUGUGGUGCUGCUGAAUAUCACCUUUGGCUCGGAAUUGCUCGCUGUCUCUGAGGCCAUUGCUAAAGGCAUCGGCCUGGAAGAGAAAAUCUUCCCCAAUGGCUCCAAAGCCAUUGCUCUCCAGGUUCCCUUCUCUCCACCUUAUGUUGAAGAAAAGAUUCUUCGCGCUGAUAGAAGAACCUACUUUCUUUCUCUUGUCUUUGGUUUCAUCAUCUUACCUGAACGGGCAUCAUUUUCAUACUCAACAGUACUAGAAGCUUCUUUAAGUGACAUUGUCAGUCCAAAGGCAGGGGGAGGAUGCGUUGAGGAUAUCUUCAACAUUCAUGUCAAAUAUGGAAGCACCCCAAGAUCCCAAUUACAGAUCAAACUGGGACAGGUGGAGCUGAGUGAUGAAGUAUUACAGGAGUAUGAGCACAAUUCAAAUGAAACCCAUUUCACCAUUGUUGUGCCAUUCCUAGCCCCACUCGUGGCUUUAGAGUCUGUUCAGGUGACCGGAGUCCUGGGAAGAAUUGAUGUGGAACUUUACGAUACCUUGAAUAACCUGCAUGUCAACGAUUUCUCCCUUGUCUGCCCCUUUUUUGUAAAAAUGGCAGAGUGUUUUUCUAAUGGAACGAUUAGUGUGGUGAUUCCCAAAUUGGAAUCUGUACCACAUCUGCUUCCUGGUGAACUCUCUCUAAGAGACCCGGCCUGCAAACCCUACUACAAUGAAGACCACUUUGCUUUUUUCCGCUUUGAUGUCACCACUUGUGGAACCACGCGAACGUUUGACGAGGACACCAUGAAAUAUGAGAAUGAAGUCACUUGGAAGACAGAUGAACCUUUGCCUCAGACCUCUGCAUUCCAACCUGAGCCAGAAUACAGGAUCUUCGUGUCCUGCGUUUAUAGCGCAAACUCCACCCAAAGCAUGAUGUUCCAUGUGGUUCCACAAAUUAAAGAGCCGGAGGCUGAUGUUGGGAAGGGUGAACUCACUGUUAGCUUGAGGCUUUCUCAUGAUAUGGUCUACAGACUCUUCUAUCACGAUGGCGACUACCCUGUUUUAAAGUUUCUGAAACAGCCUUUGUAUUUUGAGGUGGGUAUGAAUCACUCCAAGGACUCAAGGGUAGCAGUGGGCCUGGAAAACUGUUGGGCAACGCUCACCAAGGACAGAGAAUCCCAACCUAAAUGGGAUUUAAUUGUUGAUGGAUGUCCGAAUCCUAAAGACCCUGAACAGACAAUCAUCCAUCCUGUAAGUGAAGAUAACAGAGUGGACAUCCCAGAUCACUUCAAGAGAUUUGAGGUUAAAGCACUUACUUUGAGAGAGGAUAAUGGGAUUAUUGAAAGUGAGGAUGCCAACAUGGCCAGACGGGUAUUUGUCCACUGUGACGUUGUCAUAUGUCAUGCUAAAAACACUGCUGAUGGACGGUGUUACAAACAGUGUGGGACGAAUCGGCAUCAGAUCGAGAGCAGCUCAAAACGGGUUCGUAGAAGAUCAAGCUUUUCAGAGGAAGACGUGCAGCAUGUGUCUGCUGGCCCUAUUCUGUUGAUAUGAACAUGUAAGUGCAUUUUAGUUUUCCAGUUUAUCUCUGGAAAUGCACUUUAAUACUUCUGAAGGCAUCAGCACAAGGAGACUUGUUUUUUUUUUUGUUUGUUUGUUUUUACACCGCUUGGUGCAACAUUGAACUCAAACUUGUUAUGUAGCUGAUGCAGAUGAUGCUGUGGACAUGUUCUGUGACGAAUCGCAUAUCUGCCGUGUGAGACUUCAAAAGUAAUUUCUCACAAAUAAAAUAUCUGGCAUUUUUGCAAGGACAAAUUACUGGCACUCACAUUGCAGUUACGUUGAAUAAA